UUUAAUUAGCACAUGUUGUGCUGUUCAGUGUUCACUUUCUUUCCGUUUCAUAGUUGGUGCCAUUUCUGUUUCCGUUUGGUAAUUCCAUUUUCUCCCUCCUUUUCCUUCCUCUCCAUAAAAAAAAAAAAUCAAUAGCAGAAGAAAACGAGAACAGCCAUGGCGGAUUCCAACCCUACUGCUCGCAUAUCGGUUCAUCAAGCUCUUGGAGGUGGCACAGUUGCCGAUGUGCUGCUGUGGAGAGAAUGGUGUAGCGGUGUUGUGAUGCUCACCUUGUCAACCAUGGUGUGGUACCUUUUUGAAAGAGCUGGUUAUAAUUUCUUGUCUUUCAUGGCCAACGUAUUGUCGCUCCUUGUCGCUAUUCUCUUCUUCUGGGCCAAAUCUGCUUCUCUUCUCAACAGGUCUUUACCACCCCUUCCUAAUUUAGAGAUUUCUGAGAACACAGUUGUGAUUAUUACUGAUGAGUUACACCAAUGGAUCAACCAUACAUUAUCCAUUGCACAUAACAUUGCAAUUGCAAGAGAUUUGAAGUUUUUUCUUAAGGUUGCCGUCAGCUUGUGGUUAGUUUCGUACAUGGGUAGUCUCUUCGAAUUCCUCACUCUGGUCUAUAUCGGUGAGCUUUACAAGACCCUGUUUGUUUCAAUAAUGGCGAGGAUUCAUUUUACUUCUUCCGCGUAUGCUGAUUUUGGUAGAGAAGUUUCUGUAGGAGUUAUUCUUAGUCUAUCAGUUCCGGUGGUAUACGAUACGUACCAGCACUUCAUCGAUGAGAAGCUUUAUGUGACACGCAGAUUCAUUCAAACACAAUACAGGAAAAUCGAUGAAAUGGUAUUGAGGAAGCUUCCUUUGCCCUCAAACGGUGGAUACCCCCUACAUUCUUGAUUUAAGCCUUGACCUGCAGGUUUGUUUUAUACAUUUGUGGUUAUAAUUUAUAAUUUACCUGUUCAUUGGGUUUUAGACAGAUUUACUAAUGUUGGAGGAAACCCUGUUUAUAUUUUAUCAGAAACUCAGUAAUUCAGUGUUGUAUUAAUACAUGUAUUUAUUAAAAAAAUGCCAAGGGUGGCUUGUAAAACAGUUAUCAGCAGUAAAAUCACGUUCAACUAUUCUACAUUUACCAUGAAAGGCAGAAUUUAUGCAAGCUUGGGAAUUGGAAUACUCUCUGUAUUAGGCAAUGUCACCGAGCGUAACAGUUCCAGCGAGAACACCAGCCCAAGAAAGUGCGAAAGGAUAGUGUUUGCCGAUGCCUG